CCCCAAGAAUCCAGGAAGAAUCUAGACAAUACCACUCACAUCAAAGCUAUGAUACGACGCAGCACUAACCUAGUCUAUUGGAUAUCGAGUACUAUUCUUGAUGAACCUGAUAUUAAGAAACGAGCGCAAGUAAUCAAGUACUGGAUUAAAGUCGGGGACUAUUGUUUACACUUAUCAAAUUACAACACACUUAUGGCAAUUCGGUGUUCUUUAAAUUCUUCUGGAAUUGCUCGAUUGAAACUUACUUGGGAAAUCGUUCUUCGGUCAACUAAGCAUAAAACAAUGCUUGAAACAACUUACCGUGUUGCCGAUUCCCAAAGAAAUUUCGCUAAUUAUCGGAAAUGUCUCAAGAACGCCACUUCUCCAUGCUUACCAUUUCUUGGGAUUUAUCUCAGUGACAUUCUAUUCCUUGAUGAAGGCAAUCCAGGGUAUCGUGUUUCACACAUAAAACCACACCAGCAGUUUGUGAACUUUGAUAAAUAUAUUAAGCUGUCCCGUGUGCUCGCCGAAAUUAAGCUUUUUCAAGUCCCUUACAAACUCAAACUCAUCGAAGAUGUCCAACGUUACCUUUUGCACUGUCUGGAAAUGGAUAUCGAAACCGACGAAAGCUUGAUUUACACAAAGAGCCUAGAGGUUGAACCUAAAUUUGUUGACCCAGCAAUCAUAGCUUCAUAACAGAGAAAGAUGCUUACAAGCUUGUCAAAAUUGAAAGCUUUUAUAUCUUUUUGUGCUGGUCCUAUUAAUGUAUUUUUCAAAUUUUAUAUUUUGCUUUAUCUAAAUACUUUAUAAACCUC